CGCGGCAGUUGUGCGACAUCCGUCACUUACGGCCGAAGCGGUUUGCGCUGUACAGACCUCUUAGUUGGAGCUGUGCAAGACCGCUUAGGAGCAGCUUCGGCGGGCGCGGACUUGGUAUCCUGGAACUGACUCGCGGGGCCCGCCAUGGAGCCAGAGCAGAUGCUGGAGGGACAGACGCAGGUUGCAGAGAACCCGCAUUCUGAGUACGGUCUCACAGACAACGUAGAGAGGAUAGUAGAAAAUGAGAAGAUUAAUGCAGAAAAGUCUUCAAAACAGAAGGUGGAUCUGCAGUCUUUGCCAACCCGUGCCUACCUGGAUCAGACAGUUGUGCCUAUCUUAUUACAGGGACUUGCUGUGCUUGCAAAGGAAAGACCACCAAAUCCCAUUGAAUUUCUAGCAUCUUAUCUUUUAAAAAACAAGGCACAAUUUGAAGAUCGAAACUGACUUAUUGGGAAGAACAGAAAUAUGUGAUUGAUAUUGCAGAUUUAUGUGAUUAAGAGGCAACUUAAAUUGCCAUGAUUUUCUCCCAUUUUGGAAGUAUCAGAACCUUCAGGACAAUAAAAUAUUUCCAGAGUUGCAGAAGAGAACAGAUCUCCCUUAUUUUGAUUUAAUUACCAUAAUUAUUUAAUGAGCAUAUUCUGUGCAAUUUAUUCUCAUAUUGUCUAUAUCUUUGUUUUUAAAAUGACCUUCACAAUAAACUAUCACAAAGCCAUUA